AUGGCUUCGUGGGCGUACUUUGAUCCUGAGUAUGAGACGUUAAGCAUCAGAAUAAAUCCUCCACAGGUAUCUGUCGACAACUCUAGUUGCAAAGACUGCACUCUAGUCAAGGUCGAUAGCAUGAACAAACCGGGGAUACUGCUGGAGGUGGUCCAAAUUCUUACAGACCUUGACCUUACAAUAACUAAAGCUUACAUCUCCUCGGAUGGAGGGUGGUUUAUGGACGUGUUUCAUGUCACUGAUCAACAAGGGCAAAAGAUUACCGACAGCAGGACAAUUGAACACAUUGAGAAGGCCUUGGGGCCCAAAGGAACCACUUCCGGACUCCUCAAGGUCCGUCCGGGAAAGCGGGUCGGGCCCAACCCCACAGCCGAUCAACCCCACACGGCCAUCGAGCUCAUCGGCCGGGACAGGCCUGGCCUCCUCUCAGAAAUAUCGGCCGUCCUAGCUGGCCUCCACAUCAACGUCACGGCUGCUGAGGUGUGGACCCACAAUCGGCGCAUUGCCUGUGUCCUUUACGUUGGUGAUGACGGCACAGCUGAUGGCCCGGCCCGAAUAUCCUCCGCGGAGGAGCAGCUCUGCAAUAUCUUGCGUGGUGAGGAUGAAUUCGUGGCCCGGACGAGCCUUUCUGUGGGGUCCACCACGCACAUCGACAGGCGGCUCCACCAGCUGUUGUUUGCUGACAGGGACUAUGAAGGGUAUUGUGUGGCGGUGGUGGACGGGCCGAAGGUCACGAUCGAGAGGUGUGAGAAGGAUUACUCGGUGGUGACUGUGAAGUGUAAGGAUCGGUCGAAGCUGAUGUUUGAUAUAGUUUGCACGCUUACGGAUAUGCAGUAUGUUGUUUUCCAUGCGACUGUGUCGUCUGAAGGGCCCUACGCCUCGCAGGAAUAUUACAUACGUCACAUGGAUGGGUGCACUCUAGAGACGGAAGCAGAGAAAGAGAAGGUCAUCAAGUGUCUCGAGGCAGCAAUUAGACGACGAGUGAGUGAGGGCCUAAGCCUGGAACUAUGCGCAAAGGAUCGUGUGGGCCUCUUAUCCGAAGUCACGCGAAUUUUACGAGAAAACGGGCUUUCUGUAACAAGGGCUGGAGUCUCGACUGUGGGCGAACAAGCCAUGAAUGUAUUCUACGUGAACGAUGCUUCCGGAAAGUCUGUGGAUGCAAAAACUAUAGAGGGCUUACGAAAGGAAAUCGGGCAGACUAUGAGGCUGAACGUGAAAAAGGCACCUAAUGAUGGGAAAAUGCUCGAGACUAGUGGAUGGGCGAAAACGAGCUUCUUCUUCGGGAGCCUGCUGGAGAAGUUUAGGGCUUGA